CGGUAAUCGGAAAAAUAUAAACAACAUCAAAACAACAAACUCAUAAAAUUUAGUCUUUUAACGGUUUGUAUUAUAAGGUGUGCAAAAAAAGAAGCCAUAAAUAAAUAACAUCAUCUAAUUUUGGAUUAGCAAUUUAAAAAGAUGACCACAAGACCAGAAUUGAGAAGACCAUCACAAUGACUUUCCUACAUAUGCGAGCUUGAUUCAAGAUGAAGAAAGAAACUGGUGCUAAAUACAAAGUGAGUCCAAAAGGUAAAAGAAGGCUGGAAUACAAGUCCAAAUCAAAGUUGAAGUUACCACUGAUAGGAAGGACCGUAUACCUGGAUGUGAAGGAUGCCAAGACUUUAAAACGACUGCAGACAGACCUCAAAACUCUGGGAGCUACGCUAGAGGAGUUUGUGAGCUGUGACAUCAACUACCUGAUAACUAGUACGCCCCGCCCCAAGGGGUCCCAGGCAGACCCUUAUCGCUAUGGCGACAUCAGCCCAACCCCCAGCCCUUUCAACUGCGAGCCUUCUCCCAGCCCUGGAAAUCCGGAAGAAAAGAAAGUCACAUCAGUUACGAGAGGAAAAGCUUUAUUGGAAAAGGCACGGAUCAAUACACGGCAGACCAGCACGCUCCUUGACAAUGCUGAGAGGUGGGGAAUAAAGAUUGUGUCUCUCGAGGGGGCCUUCAAGUGGAUAGAUAAGGAACUCAAGAAGUUGCCAAAGAUAGCACACACUGCAAAGAAAUCAUCAAAGUGCAUUUCAGCAUAUAAGACAUUGAAGACACCGUUCAUCAAAUGCGAGGCCGAGUGUUUCUUUUACCGUCCAUUCUACAACGAGAUUGACAAUUGGCCACGGUUGAACACAGAUACGCCGAAGGGGUCUUGUCCGUUCGAUGGCACCCUCAUUAAAUGCGGUGAUGAGUCGGUUGAGGAGAGGGGAGAGUUAAUGGCUGCCCAGGUGGACAUGCCCAGUGAGGAUACGCCCAGGGAAGAGAAAGACACCAUCGACUCUGCUAACACUGCUGCUAAGCCAAACAAUGACAAAUUCGUCAAGAAGUCUGACGUAGAUAUAUCUGGAAACAACCUAAUAUUGACAGCUGGUGAGCUGAAGAGACGAAAGGCAGCCAAACGUAAACAAGAGCGGAAAAGGGGUUACUGUGAAUGCUGUAAACUGAAAUAUGAGGACCUUGAUAAGCAUGUUCAGGAAGAUCAGCAUCGUCGCUAUGUAAAGGACAAGAGUCACUACAAGGCCCUCGACAUCCUCAUAGACUCCGGCCCGUCCACCAGUAAAUUCUUGCAGCAGAUCCUGACCAGAGCCAUAGUGCAGAAGAGGGAACUGACCAGGAAUUCACAAGUCUCAUCGUCCAACACGAAGCCUCUUGAAACUGUUCGGCGUUCCCCCAGAAAAGAUGCUGCAAAGUCACCAAGGAAAUUAUCAGCAUCAAGUCCAAAUUUGACUGCUGUCCAGUCAAUGUCCAAAAGCAAACAGUCUUUGUCAGGGAAAGAAAACUGCUCUCCUAAGCAAAUGCUGGUCCAACAUACACAAGUUUUAGUGAAUGAAGACAUAUUACAACAUCCAAAAGAACUAAGUGUAAACAAGACCAGUGUUGAUAUUGAAAUAAAAGAUAAUGUCACAAUUAUUUCUCAUGGAAGUCCAAACAAAUGUCCGCAAGCAUUGGAAGAGGGUAAUGGAAAUUUGAGAAAAGAUGAAACAAUAUCUUUGUCUAAUCAGAGUGGUUUUAACGAUGUUAGAGGUACUGAAGGAAUUGAAAGAAAGAAAAUAACUAAAACGAGGGGGAAAAGUUAUGAUAACAAAUCUGCAAAUAAUUUGACAUCCCCACAAACAGACAAUCAAUUAUCGGCACAAGAAGUCAGUAGUGCUGAAUCUUGUAAGAACUUAAGACUUUCUCCACAGAAUAAUAUGGGUACUGUGAAAUCACCUUUAAAAGAUAGAGACAUAGUGAACUCGCCAUGCAAACAUCCAGAGGUCAAGUUUACAUGGAAAGGCUGUGAUAUUGUAUCUCCAAAAAACUUAAACAAACUGCAAUCUAUGAAACUAGAUACAUGUUCAUUCAAUAAAUCAUUAAACAUUAUUACAAAUUCCGCCACAUCAUCUGAUUUACAAAAAGAAGCUGUAACAUUUAAUCAAAAUGACAAUGAAAAAGAUAAAAGUGAUUCAAUGAAAAGUGUGAAUAAUUCAAAUAGUAAGUCAAAGAACAAAUCCAGCAAGUAUUGGACGUAUGUUGUUGGAAAAGUGAGUGAACAAAUAACGAACAAAUCUGACUUGCCAAAGGAAUUAAAAAUCUUGCAAGAUGAUUCAUUUAGGGUGUCAUCGAAUUUAACAGAAGGAAGAAUGAGGAUAAGAAAGUCUAUAAAUUAUGUCAGAAAUAAGAUUGAUCAUCUUUCUAAGAAGGAAUUUCUUGAAGAUGCUGAUAAUUUGAAUGAUGCAGAUACUGAUGAUCAAAUAGACAAGAAACAGAGUGCUAUGGCAAAGAACAUUGUUCAAAGUACAGUUGGGAAUGACUGUCCAAAUGAUGAUGACAAUUCAAAGAAAGAUGAAUCAAAUAAAAAAAUAUUGGCUACAAAAAGCAGUCAAAGUUUACCAACUGCUUUUAAUGAACAAAAAGAUGAAGCAGAGACAAAAGAAGUUCAAAUUAGGGAAAACAAUGCAUUGGAUGAUUGUGAACAGAGAAGAGAAAAAUCUAAAAAUGGCAAAUUUUGGACUUAUGAACCUGUAAUAGUGACAGAAAGUGAAAGUAAAGGGGAAAAUAUUCCUUUUGAAUUGCGUAAAUUGAAGGGCGUAAUGAACCUUUCAAAGGUGAACCUACAUAGUCCAAGACGUAGACGUUCUAGAUUUCUAACAAACACAGAUUCCGAAAAUGGAGAUACGCAAGAAAAGCAAUCUGAAUAUUCUUGUACAAAAGUUAGUGUUAAGGAUACAAAAGGGACCAAUAAGGAAAAUAUAAUAGAAAAAGAAAGUGUUAAUACAAUGAAAAAUACUGGAUUGAAUAGUGAGAAUGACAAUUUCGAACAAGCUACUGAAGGUAAACAAAACAAGCCUCAUGGAAAACAUAGAAAUGAUGAUGCUAAGUCCUCCAGCAAAUCAAGAAAACAGUAUUGGUGUUAUGUACCAGUUGAAAGUGAUUAUAAAGAUGAUGUAGAAGAUCAGAAUCUGCCUAAAGAGUUGAAGGGGCUGAAAGGUUUACCAGAAUGGUUUUGCGAUGCAAACUCUGAUGGUGGUUGUGAAAGACGUUCCAAAAUGAUUGCCAAAGAACAGAUUCAUGAAGACCAUCAAAACGAAGAUAAGAGGGGAGAUAAGAAUAUCGAUCAGUCCAAAAAGGAAGCAAAAGUAGAUGCAGUUCUGGCAAAAGAAUGUUUUGAAAAGUUGAUAAGCUGUAGCUCAAGUAAGAUACGUUAUGAGGUAUCUACUGAUGACUUUGAAGCAUGCUUUGCCAAAGCUUGGAGGGGUCUGGAGUUGCCAGAUUUUAAAAACAGAAGUGAGCCCAGUUUCACAUUUCAUAGCAAGACGAACAGCUCUAAGCAGUCAAGUGUAAGACAAGAAAUGAGUUCUGAAGAUGAAGCUAGUGGCAAAGAAGUUGACAAUGAUGAAAAAAGCCGACAGUCUGCAAAAGCAAUGAAUGAUAAUGUCAUUGAUCAUUUUGUACAUUCAGACAUUCCCAGUGAUAUACAGACACUAAAUGAGGAUGGUCAGGUUCUACAUUUUACUAAAACUUUGGCUGAAAGGAUCAAAGAGAGACCUGCCAGAAGAUCUUCAGUACAAUCUUGCAAUUUAAACCAAAGAUCUAGGAGUAACUCAUUUAGCAGUAAUAAUUCAGAGUCAAAAAGAUCUGAAAGCAGUGCUAAACCUGUGAAUUCAGCACCAAAAAGGCGUUCUCCCAAACUGUCCAAUUUGGUCAGUCCUGAAUUCGUCAAAAAUAUUACAAAACAAAAGAGUUGCAGUAGAAUUGCAAGCACUAAAAUCAUGAAUAAAUAUAAAACACAAAGGCAGGAAAUUAUGGCCAGUGGGUAUCAAGGAGACGAUGAAGUGGAAAAAACACCUAGAGUUGCUGCUUCAAAAGUCGAGAAGAAAAAAAUGAAUACGUUAGCAUUAAAAGAUUGCACUGUAAAGAGUGGUUGCAAAGAUGUAAUUGUUUAUGCUGAAACUGACAUUAAAAGCACUUUAAAAAGCAAGUCACGUAAGAAGAAACAAUUUUGGGAAUAUGUGCCUGUUACUGUUGAUAAUGUAGGUGAAAACGAUAGUGAUAACAAGCAUCUGCCAAGAGAAAUUAGACUAUUGAAUGGUGUUUCUUUAUCUGAUGGGGAAUCCAGAAGAAAAUCUAGAUUAUGUGGAAUUACAAAAAGUGUUGAUAAUCUUGUUGUGGAUGAUUGUACUAAAGAUGAUGGUGAAAAUGUUGCCAAUGGUGGUUAUGAAAAAAAUAAUGGUGAAAGGCUAGCAUUGAAAGAUUGCGCUGUAAAGAGUGUGAACAAAGAUGCAGUGCUUGAUUCUAAAACUGACGCCCAAAGCACUUCAAAAAGCAUAUCACGAAAGAAGAAACAAUUUUGGGAAUAUGUGCCUGUAACUGUUGAUAAUAUAGAUGAAAAUAACAGUGAUAACAAGUAUCUGCCAAGAGAAAUUAGACUUUUAAAUGUUGUUUCUCUAUCUGAUGGGGAAUCCAGACGAACAUCUAGAUUAUGUGGAAAUAAAGAAACUGUGAAUGCAAUUAGUGUUGAACAAAAAAAAUUAGAACUUAUCAGUAGGACAAAAAGGGUAAGCGUUGAUGAUACAGACAUUGGAAAGGAUACUGUUGGCAGGAGACAGAUUGUUUUUAACUAUGAAACAGGAGAGUCUGAUAAUCAGAGCACCAAGUCAAAAACAAAUGAAACUAAAAACAAAAGUGUUAAUGAAUUUGAUAGCAUUGACAUAGAUGAUGAAAACAUUGAAAAGAAAGGAAAUGUGGAGCCCAUGGAAAAACAAGUAGACAAAUCCUGCCAUAACAGAUCAACUAGGAAAAAGAAAGUUUUUUGGGAUUAUGAAAUUGUAGAGGAGAAUGAGGAAGUAGGCUUGUCACAAAAGUCAAAGCACAAGGAAUUGCAACUGAUAUCGGAUUCAUGGAAUAAUUGGUCAGAGACUAAAAGUGGUAAAAGAUCAAGAUCACGAUCUAAAUACUAUGGGGAUCAUGAAGAAACAGAAACUGAGGAUAGUGACAGUGAAAUACUGAAGGUUGUAGAAAAGUCAGAGUCUGUAAAGGUUAGAAGAAGCAAGUCUCCAGUAUUCAAGUCUAGCUCACAAACAUUCAAGCCAAAUCGCGUUUCCUCUCCAGUGUUCAAUAAGUCACCGGGGCGUAAAAUGAAAGAGACUGUUUUUAGGAAAAAUGAUCCUGUUGAAGCACAAGAUGGGGAAAUCUCUAAAAAUGAGAAUCCACUUGGGAAUCCAGAAAGAAAUGGGAGACUUACACCUGAUAAUAGCCCGAUAGUGGGAGGUGCACAGAGCAGUGGGUAUAGCAGAACACCUAGAGAAGAGAGGAAAAAAAUGUGGAAGAGAAAAAGAUUGGAAUCAAAGAAAAAAAAUGUGGAAAAUGAAUUCAAAAGAAGAAAAAUAGUGUCUUUGAACUCAGACCUCAGGUCUUCUCCAAGAAAGAAGUUAGCAACUGAUUUUAAUUGUCACACUUUAAAGAACCUAAACGAAGCAUCACAGUCCUCUUUAAGAUGGGAACCAAUCGCUUUGAAAGAAUCCGAGCCUGAGCCAGAAAGUACAGAAAAGGUGAAACUUAAUAAAAGCUGGACUUUGUUAAGUGAAAGAAGCGUGUCAAAACUGCUGUCAAGUGAGGAUGAUGCAGAAAGUUUUAACGGUUUUGAAGAAGGUGACACCAGCUUGCCUUCUGACUUGUCUUACAAUGAAUGCUCAGAAAUUGAUGUGCCGAAGGAAGACAAAGAACAGUGGGAUAUAGAAGAUAUCGCCAAUGAUAACAAUGAAAAAGCGAGGAGCAUGGUGCAGUUUGAGAGGCUUGUGCCACCGGUGAUGUCAUCACCCUGGAAACACUCAAAUUCCUCCUGGGAUGAAGCGUGUGAUUCCUAUGUUGACAGAUCUCUACAAAACCUAACCAACUCCUCGUUUAGGGCUGCAAAUAGCAGCAUGUAUUACAGUUUUGCCAGUCCCAGAAAGAGUCCUAGAAAGGAUUUUGGGUUUUCUAGCCCAGUCAAGAGUAUGAGUGAUUGUUUGGCUGGCAGAGUUUGCAGUGAAACACCAACUAAAAAAGUUGCAUUUCAAAAUGAACCGAAGUUGGAGUCUCGCGUUGAUGAAGAGAUCGUGUUCAACUUUGGGAGUCCACAGAAGAACAAUCGCGUGUACAGCCCCUUGAAGAAUGUUCAUGGUGAAGUUUUGGAUCCCUCGACAAGUCCAGUGAUUCAGAAAGUUACGUACACCCCAGUGUCAAUUGAAAGGGUGCCAAAAAGAGCAAAAAGAAGCACCAACUUUUAAUUAAAUGGCAUCGUUAAUUUUGUGUAUAUUGUUGGUUAAAGGUGUAUACAAAUUUAACUGUAAUUAAAAAAGAUAAGUAGACAAUAAUUGAUUUGUUAUUAAAUUGUGUGCCCAUUGAAGACAUUUGUUGAGAAAUUAGAGACUCCUUAAAUUAAUGUUCAUAACAUGCAUAAAGUAAUUACGAAACAUUUACCAUUAUUUGAUUUUUCAUUAUAUUAGUUUUUGUACAGGUGAAAUCAUCCCUUUAUUUGAAUACUGAAUGCAACAUUUCUUACCAAAAUAUGCCAUACCAUUAUAUGCAUAAGUUUUCAUAAAUGAUCUUUAAGUAAUAUGAUACUAAUACAUUCAAGAGAGAAAAUACUGGUGGCUUAACUGUCUGAAAGUUUUAUUCAUACUAGAAAUGUAUUUGUUUGUUGAUGGCGAUAAGUAUGGCUGUCCGUUAUUCAAUAAAUUGUAGGUUGUUAUAAUUUUUAUGUCCCCAACCACUAUAGUGGGGGACAUAUUGUUUUUGCCCUGUCUGUCUGUCUGUCUGUUUGCGCCAUUUUUAACAUGUUGCAAUAACUUUUGCUAUAUUGAAGAUAGCAACUUCAUAUUUGGCAUGCAUGUGCAUCUCAUGGAGCUGCACAAUUUGAGUGGUAAAAUGUCAAGGUCAAGGUGAUCCUUCAAGGUCAAAGGGAAAAAACACUAAAUCAAAGCGUCACAGAAGGGGACAUAGUGUUUCUGACCAACACAUUUCUUGUUUAAUUUGGCAUAUAUAUAUGAUUACAAUACAGACCUUUCCGAAACAUUUUAGUUCAAUUGUUAUUCAGUACUCUGCGUAACUUUACAGCUUGUCAAUAAACAGUCACGAAAAAACAAUUAUUAUAAUGAUAAUGAUGAGAAGCACAUCUGUGCAACUGCUGCAUAGUUUAAAGAUGUUAUUUGUUAGGUUUCCAUCAACUGUGUGAUUGUGUGUGGCGUGUAAACAUGUGUAUAUCGUUAAAUAUAAAACUAUAAAACAUGUAUAAAAUAAUCCAAUUAGUCUUUUUAGUGUGUGUAAUUUUAUUUGUUACAUGUGUUACUACACCGGUUGCUGUAUUAUAUGAUUUUAAGGAGAGCUUAAAACAAUUAUUUAUUUAAAACUGUUGGCUUUAUUAAUUAUGCCCCCCUUCGAAGAAGAGGGGGUAUAUUGCUUUGCUCAUGUCGGUCCGUCCAUCAGGUGGUUUCCGGAUGAUAACUCAAGAACACUUGGGCCUAGGAUCAUGAAACUUCAUAGGUACAUUGAUCAUGACUCGCAGAUGACCCCUAUUGAUUUUGAGGUCACUAGGUCAAAGGUCAAGGUCAUGGUGACCCGAAAUAGUAAAAUGGUUUCCGGAUGAUAACUCAAGAACGCAUACGCCUAGGAUCAUGAAACUUCAUAGGUAGAUUGAUCAUGACUUGCAGAUGACCCCUAUUGAUUUUUAGGUCAAAGGUCAAGGUCACAGUGACCCGGAAUAGUAAAAUGGUUUCCGGAUGAUAACUCAAGAAUGCAUACGCCUAGGAUCAUGAAACUUCAUCAUUAGAUAGAUCAUGACUCGCAGAUGACCCCUAUUGAUUUUGAGGUCACUAGGUCAAAGGUCAAGGUCACUGUGACCCGAAAUAGUAAAAUGGUUUUCGGAUGAUAACUCAAGAACGCAUAUGCCUAGGAUCAUGAAACUUAAUAGGUACAUUGAUCAUGACUCGCAGAUGACCCCUAUUGAUUUUGAGGUCACAAGGUCAAGGUCACGGUGACCCGAAAUAGUAAAAUGAUUUUAGGGUGAUAACUCAAGAACGCAUACUCCUAGGAUUAUGAAACUUCAUAGGUAGAUUGAUCAUGACUCGCAGAUGACCCCUAUUUAUUUUGAGGUCACUAGGUCAAAGGUCAAGGUGACACAAAAUAGUAAAAUGGUUUUCGGAUAAUAACUCAAGAACACAUAUGCCUAGGAUCAUGAAGCUUCUUGGGUAGAUUGAUCAUGACUCGCAGAUGACCCCUAUUGAUUUUGAGGUCACUAGGUCAAAGGUCAUGGUCACGGUGACCCGAAAUAGUAAAAUGGUUUUCGGAUGAUAACUCAAGAACGCAUAUGCCUAGGAUCAUGAAACUUCAUGGGUAGAUUGAUUAUGACUCGCAGAUGACCCCUUUUGAUUUUUAGGUCAAAGGUCAAGGUCACAGUGACAAAAAACGUAUUCACACAAUGGCUGCCACUACAACGGACAGCCCAUAUGGGGGCAUGCAUGUUUUACAAACAGCCCUUGUUUUAAGUUGUUUUUGUCACUGGUUCAAAUGGUCUUAUUUGUUUUGCUGACCACAGAAAGUAGUGUAGUUUUUAGUCACUUGUGAAAUUGUAAGUUGGCACCAAUUAAUUUUUAUCACUAGAGACCAGAAACAUAUACACAUUAUUAUUUAAUGUUCCUUUCUAAUUUAUGGAACAAAACUUAGCUAUUUUCAGUUUAUAUUUAAGGUCUAAUUGGAAACUUGAUCUGUGAAGCUCAUUUACUGUCUAUUUAUGAUGUUACAUUACCAUUAUAUAAUACAAUAACAUUAACAUAUGACCUUCUUGGAGAGUAUUGUAGGCUUCUUAUGUGUUGUUAUGUAUGUGUUGUCAUUGUCGUUUGUUUACCUUUCCCAACUACAUUGCUGCAAAUCAAAUUGUUCUUUUUAGUCAUUUGCAUCAGUUCCUCUGAAACACGUCUAUUAAGUACAGCAUUUGCCUCAUAUUUAAUUUUGUGUAUUUGUUCAUUUUAAACAUUCAUCGUAGCUAGGGGUUACUUGCCUAGUAAUUCGAAUAUGUUUAAAAAGCUAUUACACAUAUGACGAUUUUUAAACUUUUUCACAAUGAACUUCAUUUGUCAUCGUUUAAUUUAUAAUUACUGGAUUCACUGUUAUAACAUACUGAAGCUUGGUCAUGAUGACAUGCUACUUUUUAAUCCUACCCUCUACCUUUAUUUCAAUGGAUCAGGUUUUAUAUAUAUUGUGAAAGAUCGAGUGCAUUUUGAUGUGACGUAUGCCUGAGAAAAUAAAUGCUAAAAUACCA